AGUGACUCUGUUUGAGUUCAUUUAUGUGUUUAUUAAUACGAGGCGGGCGGCGUUUUCUUGCGCUCCCGCUCGGUCAGUGUUGCUUACACCCCCCGCCCCCCUCUCUCCCGCCCCCCACACUGACAUGCAUGCGCUGGCGAAUGCAAAGGGGAGGAAAAUAAUGCAGGUCGUGGCUGAAACUCCGGCCGAGCCGAAUCAUGAACGCUUCCGGAGGGUCGUCUGAAGAGACGCGAGGAGAGGGAGAAGUGUCUGGACACCCAGAGGAAGAGAGCGCGAUCGCUCCGUUCAAACUUAUCUCGGCGAUCGCCGCUCAUCGCCAUUCAUCAUCAUCAACGCCGAGCGCUGGACGCGAUCAGGGACGAGCGAAGGGCUUUUUCUUAUGAGAGGAGCGCGCUGCCGCUGAACUUCGCGUGAAAUAUGUAAAAGAGCGAGGGACGUGGCAGACGUGGCGAAGCUCCACCUGAGCGAAGGUGGACGUUUUUUUCUCUUUUUCUCCGAGAAGAAGAGAGCGCGGCGGACGUUUUGUCGCUGUCCGCGGUGCUGAAGCCGCUGGCGUGUCGCUGUCCGCGGUGCUGAAACAACAAGCGGCGAACGGAAAAGGGGAGAAAGUUCCUGAUCAUCAUCAGAGACCACUUACAUGGACGCGACUGAAACCGGCGGUCAGACUGACUGAACUACCGCUGCUGUUAAUCCUGUAGAGGAUUUGGCGACACGCAGGUAUGACAAGUCAACCGUUUCAGUUACAGGGCAGAUGUUUUGGGAAGCACAGCAGGACAGCAUGAAUCUCUAAACCUCUCCAGCCGUUCAUUAUGUCCAUCCAGUCACUUGUAAUCUCUGGACACUGUUCUUGAACACCAUCAAGUUGAGAUAUAACGGACGGAGCAAGGGCAGAGCGGACGGACGUAAAUAUGGGACAGUGACCAAGGGUGAAGGAGGUUGUGGUCUGUGCUUGGCGACGUGCAGAUUUAAAACAGUUCAGCUCCUUUUUCUUUUUCUUUUUUUUGUGGGAGGGUUUUGGAGACAUGGCAGCUGCAAUUGCCAGCGGUUUGAUCCGGCAAAAGAGGCAGGCACGGGAGCAGCAUUUAGACAGACCCUCCACGAACAGGAGGAGGAAAAGCCCCAACAAGAACAAAGGUCUUUGCAAUGGCAACCUUGUCGACAUCUUCUCCAAAGUGCGAAUCUUUGGCCUCAGGAAGAGGAGGCUACGGAGACAAGAUCCCCAGCUCAAGGGUAUAGUGACCAGGUUAUAUUGCAGGCAGGGAUACUACUUGCAAAUGAACCCAGAUGGAUCUCUUGAUGGGACCAAGGAUGACAGCAGUAAUUCUUCAUUGUUCAAUCUCAUCCCUGUGGGCCUCCGAGUUGUUGCUAUUCAGUCCGUGAAGACAGGGUUAUACAUCGCCAUGAAUGGAGAAGGCCAUCUGUACACAUCAGAACUCUUUACAGCAGAAUGCAAGUUCAAAGAGUCGGUAUUUGAGAACUACUACGUGAUCUACUCGUCCAUGUUGUACAGACAGCAGGAGUCAGGGAGAGCCUGGUUUCUGGGCCUCAAUAAAGAGGGCCAGGCCAUGAAGGGCAACCGUGUGAAGAAAACCAAAUCAGCUGCUCACUUCCUGCCCAAGCCAUUAGAAGUUGCGAUGUACCGAGAGCCAUCAUUGCAUGAUGUUGGGGAGACAGUGCCCAAGGCCGCCGUGCCUCCGAGUAAAAGCACAAGCGAGCCAGCCGUGAUGAACGGAGGCAAACCGGUCAGCAAGCCCGCUAGCAAGCCCAGCACAUAGCCCAGCUGCGGAGCGACCACGUCAGACCCCCCAGCCCCCAGAGAGAGAGCCAGACUCUCCCUGUCCCGUCUGUGGAUCCGGUCCAGACGAGCCCCUCUCCUUUUCCUGUCCUCCUCUCCUCCGACUCUCUCCCUCCACUUGGCAGAUCGAUCGCGGAAGCUGUGGCCAAGAGUAGCGAUGAGGAGGAUCCGACUGGACGAAGCAGCUCAACCCACACCAUGGAAUGCCCUACUUGAUACGGAAUGCCUUUCUCUCCCCUGCCCCAAACAUAACAACACCCAUCCUCCUUUCCUGUGACUGUGACAAUCCGUGAAAAGCGAAAAGCUGGAAGAGCAGCCGCAGGUGCACUGUUUGAUGACGUCUCUUUUUUUCCUUUGAGUCCUAUAACGGCGAUGUCUAUUUCAGAUCUAUUUUCUAUACACAGUGAACACCAGCUAUGCUCUGGAGAAAUCAUUCGCUACAGACUUGAGAAACUGCAAGAAAAACAGGACUGUCGUCUUCUAAUUUUCUUUUUUUAUAGAGUCUGUUCCUGUGUCUCCUGCUCUGUCUCACUAUCUUUCUCUCUUGGUUUCUCUCUCUCUCUCUCUCUCUCUCUCUCUCUCUCUCUUUCUCUUAUGUUGAGUACUACAGGGGCUAUGUGUGAUUUUUUUUUCUACUACUUACACAUACCUUUCUUGUGCACACAUCAAAGCAGUCCCGCCUGUGCACAUCCACCCACUCGCACACAUAUGUUACACAUGUAGGACUGAGAUGCCAGUGGUGGCUUGUUUUUGCAGGGAAUCAUUCAGGAGGACUGGUGGGCCAAUGCUGUCACCACAGAGACUGUGGAAAGCAGAAGUGGCCGCUGUCUCAGGCUCGGUGCUGGCGUUUUUCUCUCUCUCUUUCUUAUUUUAGUUUCUAGAAAGAGACGCGCCAGAGGCUGGCCAAGCACUUAGGCGAUUUUUACCAGCGUUUUGGUGCGCCCCCCUCCCCCCUCUUGCUGUCAGUGCAUGGAGGCGUCUGGCAAGCGACGUAUACAUAUCGAUAUUGAAUUUCCACCAGGGCGGCAAGCCAAUCCCACCUCCGAAAUAAGAGGAAUCCGAAUUCUAUUUUUCUUUACUCUUUAGUUUAGAGCGCAGGCUCUAGGAACAUCUAUAGGCCUUGUAGGCCUACGGGGCUAUUUCUGACGACCCGCUGAACGAUGAGACAAGUCUACUUGGAGGCAGUGCGUUAAAAUGGCUGAAUUUAAGUAGGCACCAUUACUAUUGGCUGCAUCCCUUUUCCGUUCGGCAAAAGCAUGGGCAAGGUUAGUAUUGUGUUCUGUUCUUGCAGUGCGAUGCAAAGCAAGAGAUGGCUUAUAUAUGACAAAUGUUUUCACUGUAUACAAAAAUUUAAAAAGCUUUAAAAAAUAGAUUUUUAAUGACUAGAUAUUACAAUUAAAUAAGGAGACUUUUCUUCCUAGCUCAGCAUGCAGAGUCCAGUACUGCUCAUAUUGGCCUAUCGUGUGCCUGUGAUGACCUCUAACCCAGCAUGCAAAAACAUGUACCCAGUCUGUGCUGGGUUAAAGGUGCCUCAUGCCCCAAGAGAAAAUCACAAACACACAUAUAUACACAAUCACACACACACACACACACACACACAUACAGUAGCUUACACAGUGCAUACACACUCUUCUCAGUUCACAUUCUUGUCCGCUGAGGUUGAUCCUGAAUUUUACCAAAGUUUCUCUAUACGUCCAAGAUUCCAGACCCACUAAUUCCAGUUAACUGCAGUGGGCAGGACUAAAAAGCUCGUCCACUUUGUCCAGUUUCUUUUUUUUUUUGCUCACUGUGACUAAUAACAUUCAUAACAUUCAUCCUCAUAACAGAACUGAUCCUCUUUGCCAUUUUUAUUAAAUCUUGGAUGGGCGUGACAUUAAAAUAUACUGUUGUUUU